AUGAAACGUGCAAUAGAAGAUGGCAUGCAUCAAGUAUACUACAGAGGACACAAGGUGCAAUAUCAGAAACCUACCGUUUCGCUGGCUCACGCUACACUCCGGAAAACCGUCUGCGGAAUCACGCCACGCCACGUUCCUCGACAUCACGACAACCCAGCCUGGGCGGCCCCUCAAUACGGCGUGGAUGUGGACGACGAGGAUGAGAAAAAUUCCAUCCACAGCUUUAUGGUAGCUUGCACCGCAGCCAGCAGUUUGCCUUGA